AUGGCGGAGGAUAGCGAGUUGGCUGCCAUUCGUGCAAAGCGUUUGGAGGAACUACAAGGGCAAUAUGGGGUAGAUUCUUUUGAAAUAGCUAUUGUUCACUUAAUGAUUUCUUUAACUCGCUCUUUCGUGAAAUACAGGGUCAAAAUGCGGCACAAAUGCAACAGCAACAGGAUGCCAUGAAGAGGUUCGAGUUUGUUUAUCUACCCCAAUUGAUAGUGUUAAGAAUGUGAUACGCGAUUGUUUAAUUUGGUAAAGUCACUCAGCAUCUUUUCUGAAGUUGAAUCUAACUUGUGCAAUGUUGGUGGUUCACAAGAAAGGGUAAAAUGUUCAGGGAGAUUCAGUUUAUAAAGCAUGGGAACUGUCUCGACUCCUCAAUUUUUGUCGUAGUUAGUAGCAGGCGUUGUGAGGGGCUAUCUGGUGGGUACUUUAUAGAGUUUCUUAUGUGUGUUAGAGUGCAUUCAAGCUUAUAUCGCAUGCUUUUAUGUUGGACAUUGUGAGUGAAGCUCCAUAACUGUAAGGAGUCGUGAAAAAUCUGGUAAGACGAAAACUUUUCCCUGUCUCCUUCCCCCUCCCUUAGCGUAACAGUUCCCAACAAACCUCAAAUUUUUUUUCCUUCCCUUAAAAAUUUUAGUUAAAAGGAAAACAUGGUAAAAUUUCCGCACAGCCCCAUACUAUUGUAAAACAAAUCUGUUUUCCCAAUGGCAAUGUAUUGUUUUUGUCAUUGUUUUUUCUAUCCGAGAACUGAAUGCAUAAUGUAGUAAGGGGCAGUGCGGAAAUUUUACCGAAAACAUUUUGAGAUUUGAAAUGAGAUAACUCUAGUUGUUACUUCAAUUUUUCAAAAUUUUCGUGAAGCUUUAAACACUAUGCCCACAAUUUCUACUGCUUGAUGCAAGCCUCAGCACAGUUUUGUUUGUGCUAAAUCAUUCCUCCUUACUCCUUUCCACCCAAAAGAUACAGCAGAAAAAGCAGCUUGUAUGUGCUUGUGAAACCAGCAGUAAAUAUCUUUUUCUCAUCUAAUUAGGGAGGCUGAAAUGAAAAACAGUCUACUGUCACAAAUACUGGAGCAAGGGGCCAGAGCAAGAUGUUAGUAAAUGGUGUAAAAUGCUGUGAUUCUCACUUGAUAAUUUUUUUGGAGCAAUUUUUAACCAAGUGUCAAAAGUAAUCUAGUAAUGUAUUGGUCCAGAAAACUUUGCAUCACUUUCUCAAUCAUCAAAAGCAAACACAAUACCAAUUGCAACCUGGUUACCUAGGUUUUCUUAGGUGGUAAGUUUUUUUUUUUUUCUUCAAAUUUGAAUUCUUUUUGUUAUACUUUUCUUCACUCAGAUUGGACAUUGUGAUUUGUUUGAUUUAAAUCUUGUGACACAGAAUCGAAAAAAGUGCACCAUUAUCUUAACCUUGAUAUUUUCAUGCAAUUCAUUCUAUAAAUUUAAAAAGCUGAUGUUUUGGCAUUUGGUCGGAUUUUUAAGAAAGGACUGGAUAGGAGUAACCUGCACUCAUUCACUUUGAUGAAGGGCUAACACUCAGAACCUCUACUUUGAAACUCUUUACAAUGGCCAGUUUACAUUGUCAACUCAAUUGAUAAUACUUAGUUACCCUGUUGUACUCUCCUACUGACACAGCACCAGAGUUUCUUCAGAAUGUUACUCCCUUUAAACUGCAGUAAGUUUUGCCAGUAAUGCUCUCCUUUACUGAACUUUGUAAACAGCUAAAUGGCCUUUAAAUGUUUAAUUCUAGAUUUUUGGUUUUUAUUCAAUCAUCACUAACAAGUUUUUCUUAUAUCCCCAUAGUGAACAGCAUAGCAUUGGUUAAACCUGAAAAAGCAAAAAUGAUGGAAAGUAUGCUAAUCCAAAUGGCUAGGUCAGGGCAGAUAGCUGGAAAGGUAACAUUAGAGAACUAAUAGUUUAUAUGUGUAUGUUGUUUUUAAAUAAAUGAUACAAUAAACUCCUUCCAUUGGGUUUGGACAUAAAAUUCCAGGAAACUGAGGUCAGCUUUAUAAUUUAACACAUUGGCACAUUGAGUACAACGCUUGCCUAUCCAAAAGUUAAAAUUUUGGAGGAACCGGAAAAAUUUUUAUUAAUCAUCUUUUCUGCAAAACAAGCUCUAGUGAAAGAAGACCAAGUAAAUAAGUUAUUUUCAAGGAAAAAAGUGAUAGAUGCUUAUGAAAGCCAUUUUUUCAACCUGAAUUUAUUUCUGUGACAAAAAAUUCUGUUUCAGUUAUCAGAGUCCCAAUUGGUGAGUCUACUCCAGGAAGUUAGUGAGCGAACCCAAAAGAAAACCACAGUCAAGGUAACAAAUCAGUUUUACAUUCCACACUUUUUAAUCGUUUACACCCUGAGACCAGUACACAUAAUUAUUAUUCUCCAUACUGUUCGCUAUACAUUUCCUAAGGUGCUGACAUGGAGAAUUUGUUUAAUAAUCAAGUGUUCCUUCACACAAGCACAGUGUUUCUGAAGUUGGCAAUCAUUUCCUUUAGUCUUAUGUCCUUAACGCGUCAUCCAGGGGUGAUAUUGUGAGGAGAAAUUAGAUGGUAGUCACUCUUCUGGGUCAAAAGGUUAAAACUUGGAUAUUUAGGUUACUUGUAGAUGCACUGCUGACGUAUUUUUCCAAGUUUUCUACCUGAGUCUGCCAGUACAAAUACGUGUAACUGUCUGUAGAGAAACUUUCCCUUUCAAUCAAAUCACACAUACUAGACAUUCUUAGAUGCAAAUUUUUGCAUUACUGCUAGCAGAUAUCAAUUCAGUAUAACUUCACAUUUUAAAGUUAAUUUUAUCUAACAAUUAGUUCAAUAGGAAGCGCCUUGAUGAUUCAGAUGAUGAUGAUUAAUUUUAAUUGAAUCCCAAGUUGAAACCACUAGAG